UUAAAAACAUUAUUAGGUUUUAUUUUCUACAGAACCAAAAUGCUAAAUAUUCUUGCCAAAAACGUUAUACUGCUUUCACCAUCACCAAUUGGAACAGGUCUCACGCUCUGUUUACUUACUGAGUGGGAGAGAGAAAGCAGGUGACCUAACCUCUUGGCGCACAAAGAUAGUGCAGUUAGCAUGAGAGCUAAUCUCUUCAAGCACAAAAAUGGUGCAGUUAGUAGCUAACUUUUCUAUAUAUAUAUAUAUAUAUAUAUAUAAUGCAAGUGAAGAAUAUCUACAGGGGGCAUAGAUUCAAUUCGAAAAUGGUAGAGAAAGAAUUUACACAACACUCAAACACGAAGAAGCAUGUGAGGCAACCACCUUCAGUCCCAUUUCUUUGGGAAGAAAGGCCAGGAAUACCUAAAAAGGACUGGAAGCCUGGGACUUCUUCUUCUUCUUCUUCAGUUACGUCACUUCCCAAACCUCCCCUGAAGCUUGUGGCGUCAGUUCCCUUCAUAUGGGAGGAAAAGCCUGGUAAACCGCUGCCAUCUUUUUCACUGCCACCACCAGCAAAGCUCAUCAGCCUCCCAUCACCUUUAGUGUACUCUCACAGCUACAAUGACAUUGACAACAACUAUGACAAAGGUGGUGAUGGAGAUGAGCAAGAAGGUAUGUUUGAAACAGAUUUCGACACAUUCAGUUUUAAAACAGAUGAAUCAUUCAGCUCGGCUCCGUCUCUCCUAGCAAAUUGCCUUGUUUCAUUAACAGCAAUUUCUACUGCUGUUCCAGUUGAUAAAAUACUGGCGGAGGAUGAUAAAAGUGGGCAGCUGGAAACCCCUUCCUCCUCACCGCCUUCUGAAACGGCCAGUAGUACGAGCAGCUAUGCAACCGGCACUUCACGCCUUGUAGGGGCUUCUUUCUUGGAAUGCCUCUUUCCACUGUUUCCACCCAGUUCUGGCUUUCUCGACAAGGCCGGGGAAAACAAUUGCCGGGAUCCACUGGAACCAGAAAGUAAACAGUAUGAUCACGGAAGCAAUGGCAGUGUUGUGGCAAGGAGGGCCCCGACACUUGGAGAGCUGAUAAUGAUGAGCCGAAGGAGGAGUAACCGGAGAAAGGCUGUUCAGAUGAAAAAACAGAAUCUAUCAAUGGUAAAAACUUGAGAUCCUGCUUCCAUUGUGUUUAUUAUGUAUCUGGGUUAUUAGCCUACAAUAGUACAAUUGGUAAAAAUAUUUAAACAGCAGUUACCUAAAAUUAAUUAAAAUGAAAACAAAAAUGGAAGCAAAAUUAUACAUAUGAAGUUGAGUCCUUUCGAGACCAAAAUAGAUAAAACUUAUUUUGCCUUUCUUAUUAUCUGCUAAUCUGGAUAAGGAAUGUUAAACAACUUUUAC